UCUCGUUUGUGCAUUUAUUGUCCCACCUCUUCUUCUCUCCUCUCUAAGAGGGUCAAGCCGUACUGUGCGUGGUAGGCGAGCGGAACGAGGGAUCCGGAGGAAGUGUCCGUGGCUGACUGGGGACAUGGUCUGCAGGGACAAUAAAUAGGGCGUGGUCUGGAAAAGGUCUUCGAUUGUUCGUGUCAGCUGUUUUCAGGCAAUUUGCCAGGUAUGCCCGCGUGAUACGAAUAUCAAUAUGACAGUUCGUCAAUGGGCUCGUGCCUUGUCGACCCUGCUGCUGAUUGCGAGAUUGCGAGAGCAGAUUGCAGAAGUUUGGCGGGGUUGUUACUCGUUAAAGGCGAGGCUUGAGUGUUUUCUGGGGGCGAGAGCGAGCGAUCUUCGAACUGCGACUUUUGCAACAUCGACUCUCCUCUUCCACGUUCACCUUCUUGUCGCGUUUCUCCUUUUCCCUUCUGUUGAUCUUCUUUUUCGCUUGUUGGAAAUCACUAAGGGAAGCUGACAUUGUCGUUCAGGCCUUCGAUGCUGCACCAGCUGACCUCUCUGAACCAGACAUCGUGACUCAAUAAGCUACAGGCUACCACGGUACUGGGCUCCUUCCCGUUGCUCCGCCUACUCUUGAAAAAAUGAGAUAGAAAAAUUCAGAAGAAGCACGUCUUCCUACCCUUCCCUCUUUUCUUCCCCUGUCGUCCCUCAGCCACAAUGAGUGCUGCUCCGCCCUUGAUCACGACGACGGCCCCUCAGCCUAUUCCUGCGACCUCGAUAGAGGCCAAACUGGUGGUUCUUGGUGCUCAAGGGGUUGGAAAGACUUCCCUUGUGUCCCGCUUCAUAAACCCAACUGCACAGUUGUCUAAAAACGUUCAGUCGACGAUCGGCGCGUCCUUUGUCACGAAACGCAUUACCGACCCAGACACAUCGACGACUGUUCGCCUGCAAAUAUGGGACACUGCGGGGCAAGAGAGGUUCAGAAGCAUAUCUCGACUCUAUUAUCGAGGCGCGAAUGCUGGUCUGCUAUGCUACGACAUAACCAAUGAACACAGUUUCGAAGAGAUGAAGACAUGGCUAGCAGAGAUGAAGGAGAAUUGCGAGGAAGGAGAGGCCAUGCCCAUCAUCCACGUGGUUGGUACAAAGACCGACAUUGUUGCAGAUGAUCCCUCGCGCCGGGAGGUCACUUUUGAGAGAACCAUUGCAUAUGUGGCAGAGCAACUGGGAGCCGUGGUUGCGCAGAGUACUGCUUCGACACCCCCCUUGACCAUGAAACCUGGCAACAUACAGAGUCCAGACUCGAAACGCAGCUCGGGAUUUUGGAACCAGGAUAUUGGAUGGGAUAGCUGUCACGAAGUCAAUGCGAAGGAUGGUGAAGGCAUCGAGGAGGUCUUUCGGGUGAUUGCGCGAAAAUUGAUCGAGCAGAAGCAUCAAAAGGAUGCUGUCGAGAUGGCCCGGCUGCAGCAAACUCCUGGGUAUCGGAGUGAGAAUGGAGACGACUAUUUUGCAGGACACCAUGGCCACAACGGAAGCUUUAGAGUUGGGUAUGGAGACAAAAGACGAAGCUGGCUGGGUUUGCCGAGUGUUGGAUUGGGUAUCGGCGAAUCUGAAGGUGGAGGACCGGGCUACGGGACUCGCGAUCCGGAAGAAGCCAGACGCAGAGGGAGGUGCUGUUGAUACGCAUAUGCACUGGUGGAGUUGAAACAAUCAUCGGGCACAGGUAAUUGUCGUUCCUGGGCGAGAUGCAAGGCGCACGGGGUUUAGGAUCCUUGUCACAUUCGGAAGGACAGCUCAUGGCUUGGUGGGAAUGGAUAUCUGCUUACUCGGAACACUGCACUGUAUACGAAGAUAGGUCCCAGGCUUAUGAUUUUGAUGCUGAGAAGAUGCAAUACAUUUGUUACGGCC